AUGGUUGUCACAUGUCACUUCAUUGAUUCUGAUUGGCAUCUAAAUAGGCGUGUGUUGAACUUUUGUAAUGUGCCACCACCACACACCGGUUUUCUUAUUGCUGAUGCAUUACAAAAAUGUUUUCAAGAAUGGGAGAUUGAGAAUAAGAUUUGUUCAAUUACUGUUGAUAAUGCAAGAUCAAAUGAUGUAGCAGUUAGAGUAUUGAAAGAUAUUUUUAACAUGAGAAAAGCCCUUUUUGCUAGUGGAAAAUUAUUUCAUGUUCGAUGUGUUGCACAUAUAACCAAUUUAUUGGUUCAAGAUGGUCUAGGUGAGAUUUCUUCGAUUGUUGAUUGUGUUAGGAAUGGAAUAAAAUACUUGGUGGCAUCAGAGGGAAGGUUGGUAAAAUUCAGUGAAAUUGCCAAGCAAUUGCAAUUGACCUCUAAGAAAUUACUUUUGGAUGUAGCUACACGAUGGAAUAGUACAUAUAUGAUGUUGGCAGCAGCACUUGAGUUCAAGGGGGUCUUUCCAAUGUAUUCAUACAUUGAUUCUGGUUUCAUUUGGUUGCCAUCAGAUGAGGAUUGGGAUAAAGUUGGAAAUGUAUGUCAGUUAUUAGGGGUCUUCAACCAAGUAACCAAUAUUGUCUCAGGGAGUGACUACCCUACUGCUAAUUUAUUCCUCCCUGAAGUGUGGAGGAUGAAAGAGGUCUUGGCUACAAAGUGCAAAGAUGAGAAUGAGUAUAUUAAAGCAAUGGCAUAUAAAAUGAGUACCAAGUUUCAGAAAUAUUGGGGAGAGUGCAACUUAUUGAUGUCUAUUGCUGCUGUGUUGGACCCAAGGAAUGAUACGAUUUUGUUUCCCUAUAAUCUAUCAAGAGUUGGAAGCUAUCACGAAUGUUGA